AUAAUGCCUUACAAAUGGGAGCCACGAAAAGAGCAUGUUUUGGCAGAAGCAAUUCGGUCCAGGCAACUACACCUGUAGGAAACAAUCAAGAAACGCAACAAAACUCGAGAGUUUCUUCGGGAAACCAGCAACAAUUCAGCAACCAUCGUGUAAGAAGAUUACGCUCUACUAGUCAAUCGACGUCUUCAACGAGCUUGAACAGUAUAAACAAUAAUAGCAGCGGCAGUGCUGCAGGAAACACUUCCUGCGUAUCUGCUGGUAAUAAUACAACCAAUUGCACUGGAAGCUCCAGCAGUACUAGCAGCAGCAGCACUUAUAACGCUACAAGUACGAACAACAAUAUCACUACCUACAACCACAACAAUUGCAGUACUUUAAGACAGCAACGCCACCAUCAUCUUCAUACAAUUCGAUCUAGUACUUCUAGUACAAAUUCAACGGCAUCCAACACGGGGGGUUUAAUCUCAAGAGUAUUCGAACAUAGCAGUGGUAGCGGUAGCAGCAAUAAUUCAUUGAAUUGCACAAACACCACUGUAAAUACUGUUGCUACUGGUACAAUAUCAACCGGCGGCGGUUCAACAAACAAUCCUUGCUCUAGCGUAGUGACAGCAUCAGGUGGUGCCGGUGUAGGUGCAGGCAAUCAUUUUCGUCGAGUAUCCCCUGGUGACAAAAAAAUCCAUUCACAACAUAAAAACGAUGACAAGAUGGAUGAAAGAAGGCAACAACAGCAGCGCACCCCUGUUAAACAACAUCAACAAACGCGCGAUACAACGCCAACCAGUCGCAAAACGGGAAAUCGGAAGGAUGAAGGAGGAGCAGGAGGAGCUUUGGCCAUCAGUGAAACGUCACCAAAGAAACACGAUACAGUCCGAAGUCACGGGAUGAUCUCAAAGGUGUCCUCCGUGGUCACUGAUAAAGAAGACAAUGAGGCUGCCGAGUCGAUGGUAGAAUCCAACACAACGGAUCACGUUGAGGCCAACGAAAAUAUGGAAGUUGCGACAACUCCUCUGGGUGAUGAUACUGCCGAGGAUCAUCACCCAACUGGAUCGACGAAAAUGCUUCCCGAGCAAGCAGAAAAAGAACCCAUGACCAUAUGUCAUGAAGAAAAUUCGACCCCGGAAGCAAAAGUGACACGUCGAUCAAAAACAGCAACUAAAGACUCUGGUAUAUACGGUGAACAGCAACUAUCCAACCACCACUUGGACGAAAACGGAGUGGCAGAAGAUGAAAAAGAGGGGGCUCUUGAAAACGAUGAUGUCGAAGCAGGUGUACAGAUACGUCAGACGGGCCCGGAAAAUAUUCAUUCUGCGGGUGGAGGCUCGCGUGAGUCGGAUAGUUCGCAAUGUCGGACCAUACUACGGUUUGUGCGUAAAAGUCUUGAAAACACAGCCAUGUCAGUGAUAUAUUCGAAAAACUUUAUCGAAAAUGAAACUAUCGAGACGGAGUAUCCACGCAAUCUCGAUGAUAAUAUUGAAAUUUUAAGUCGAGAGGCAGAAAACUUGGCUCUGCAGUUUAAACCUUCUGAAGAAAAGCUGGUACAGUAUGGUCCAAUCUUCGAUCUAGAGAAAUUUGAGGAACAACGGAAACAGCAAAAGAAAGAAGAUGAUGAAGAUGAAGCUAUCGGCAUAUCACCUUGUGGCCGGUUUCUAAAAUACGAUAAGGAGGUUGGUCGAGGAUCAUUCAAAACUGUUUACCGUGGGUUAGAUACUCAAACCGGUGUAGCCGUUGCAUGGUGCGAGUUAUUGGAGAAGAAAGUAAAUCGGGUUGAGCGAGCGAGAUUUCGCGAGGAAGCAGAGAUGCUUAAAAAGUUACAACAUCCAAACAUUGUGAGAUUUUACAAUUACUGGGAAGCGGCACCAACGGCUGGAAACAAAAAGAAAAACAUAGUACUCGUUACCGAGCUGAUGCUUUCCGGUACUUUGAAAUCGUAUUUGCGUCGAUUUAAAAAAAUUAAUCCCAAAGUGCUGAAAUCUUGGUGUCGGCAGAUUCUAAAGGGUUUGCAUUUCUUACAUUCACGCACGCCACCUAUCAUCCAUCGUGAUCUGAAAUGUGAUAAUAUAUUUAUAACCGGAACGACAGGGAGCGUCAAGAUAGGUGAUCUAGGAUUAGCCACGCUGAAAAACCGCAGCUUCGCAAAGUCGGUUAUUGGUACGCCGGAGUUUAUGGCACCCGAAAUGUACGAGGAACAUUAUGACGAGGCAGUGGACGUGUACGCUUUCGGCAUGUGCAUGUUGGAGAUGGCUACUUCAGAGUAUCCGUACAAUGAGUGUAAUACACCGGCCCAGAUUUAUAAAAAGGUAACUUCCGGUGUGAAACCACAAAGUCUGGAAAAGGUGGAAAAUCCAGAGGUGCGAGAGAUCAUCGAACGAUGUAUACAUGAUAAAAAGGAAGGAAGGCCAACGUGUAAGGAGCUGCUGAACUGUGAAUUUUUCUGUGAAGAUAUCGGUAUCAGGUUGGAACCCAUAUCGAAGGAUUUGUUCUUAACAAACCCGGAGAAUGUGCGCAUGGAGUUUCGUUUGCGCAUCAUGGAUCCAAAGAAGCGUGUUAACAAACACAAAGAGAACGAAGCCAUUCAAUUUGACUUCGACAUUCGUGUUGAUGAUGCUGAAGAGAUUGCAAACGAAAUGUACAAGUCUGGUAUACUGAUGGAAGACGAUUCUAAGACUGUGGCUAAGAUUCUCAAAGUUCAGAUUCAAACAUUGUUGAAAGAACGAGAAGAGAGAGCGCGACAGCAGCAAGUAGAAAAAGAUAAAGAAGCUCUUCAGAAGCAAGUAAUGAUUGCGCAGCAAUUGUAUCAGCAACAGCAACUACAGCAGCAAUUGGAAAAUGAUCUGCAAGUGACCGAACUUCAAGUACCGCAGAUGACACAACCAAUGCCUGUGCAACUACCGCAACAGCAGCUGCCUCAAGCUCAACCCCAAGGAUACUAUCAACCCUCUUCGCUUCCAUCUUCACAAACACAGCAAAUAAUGUAUCAGCAGCAGAUUUCUGCUCCUGUGGGCAAUGAGCAGCUGCAGCAAACCUUUCAGCAACAAUCAGUUGGGGGUCAGUUUGUUAUAGGCCAAUCGAUUCCAUUGCAGCAGCCGAUGGCACAGGUUAUUCAACAGCAGCAGCAGCAGCAGCACCAACAGUUCCUUAAUCAGAUGGCAUCAACUCAAACGACGCAGUCUAAUCUGGCCGUAACGCAACAAUCGAACUACUUACAACAGCAAGUGUUUGUCGAUCCCCAGCAGCAUCAACAAUUUAUUCUUCAGCUACAACAGCAGCAAGCGACGCAACAAGGCCAGUCAGGAACAAAUUUGUAUAUGGGUACACAGCAGCAGUUGGUGCAACAACUAUUCCAACUGCAUCAACAAAAUGCUGCUAUGUUGCAGCAACAACAACAACAGGCCGACUUGCAAGAACAGAUUUCAACAUUAGAGCAACAGCUCCAGGGCAUUAUCCCAAUUCAUAGUCAACCGACCCAGAACAUACAACAGCAGCAGCAAAUACAGCAGCAACAACAUCAGCAAAUACAACAACAACAACAACAGAUACAACACCAGCAACAGCAAAUACAGCAACAACAGCAACAGUUAAAAUUACAGCAACACCAUCAGUCGCCACAACAACCACAACACCAAAUACCGCAACAGCCACAACAGCAAACGGUGCAACAACCGCAGCAACAGCCACACCAGCAUCUUCAGCAGAUGCAAACGCAAACUGUUUACAUACAACAACAAUCUCAACCCCCUACACAUAAUCCUACGAAUAACCAGCCACAGCAAAUACAAGCCAAUCCAAAUAUCUACAUGCCGCAACAACUAUGCGACACGUCGGUGCAGUUACACCACUCUAUGCCAAAUCAAAUUGGAAUUUCCCAACCACCACCGCAACCUAGCUCCUCGACCACGAUUUUAGUUCAUCAACAAGUAGUUGCCUCUCAGCAACCAGCAUUGUCGUCACCACACUUUAUCAAACAGCAAUCCCCAUCUUUGCUGAAUCAACAGCAGUCCCAAUCUCAGCAGACACAAAUGACUCAGACAAAUCCGGUGCAGAUGGGGCAACAGCCUUCAUCGGGUACAGCAAUGGUACAGCAAACGAUAUCUCAACCUCAUUCCCAAGGAACUGCUCCACAAGAACUUGAUGGUUCGUUGGUAGUCGCAAAUUCUGUUCCAGUUUCAUCAAAUGAAAACAAUUCACUACUGCAACAGCAAAUGCAGUACCAACAACAGGAACAGCAGCAAUUUAUGCAACAGCCAUUAGUUCAACAACCGAACUUUCAGCAGCAAAUGGCCCAUACUUCACAAGACGGAACACUGUUGCAUCAAACUGCAGCAUCGGCAAACUAUAAUGGUAACGCCAUUAUUGGUGCACAACAAGGACCUAAUAUUAUAGCACCAACUGGAACAUCUACCGUUGGAAGCGUGUCCACAUCGACUGGUGUGCAAGAUUCGAGUCCCGCUCCUGCCGUACAGGCUGCCCUACCGAAACGAUUGACAAACGAAAUGAAGAAACGUCGCAAUCAUCGUUCGACCGAGCGAAAUCCAAAACUGCACGUACUCGGGUACGAAAACAAUAUUAUCGAAUGCGAAAUGGAAAACCGACCAAAAACAAUUAAGUUUAAGUUUGACCCAAGCAAUGUUAACCCGGUCGAGGUGGCCCAAGAUCUAGUCAAACAAGAUCUAUUAAGCGAAUCACAGACAACGAUAUUCAUCGAAAUGGUUCGCGAUAUUCAACGACAACUAAAAGAGAAUCCAAACCAACUACCGAUCGCAUCACAAUGCUAUCGCCGCUCAAUGGAAAAGGUGCGCCAUGCGUCUCUAACACGUCAGCGUUCGAAUUUUAAAACACAUCAGAGACAUAGAUCUCGUGAUGAAACAUCGACUACCGCAGCAAACUUUACGCACAUUUUUGACCCAACCAUCAUCGAUCGUCAAGCGCUUGGAACAGGGAUAUCCAGUACCACUACAUCUUCGACAUCCUCGUCGCCGCUGUCCCAACAACAACUGAUCACAUCUUUAGUUACGUCGCAAACGAACGAUGAAGUAACUUCUAUCGAUAAAGCACAGUCCAGCGACGAAAAUGGCACUGAGGGUACCAAUGCUUUGUCGCCGCCGAUGCAAGACCAAGAACUUAAAAAUGGGAUGCUCGGUAACAGUGACGAUAACCAGCAAACGGCUGUUACCACCGUCUGCAUGAUAACUGACGAAGGUAUAAACGAUAAUAAUAGCAGUUGCGAUGAAAAUUCGCGUAAAGCAAGUACUGUUAGUACAGAUUAUACAUCGCACGAGAACACACCGGAAAACACAAUAACUUCGGGAAGCAACUUAAGCAUUCUGCAGCCUCGUUUAAGCCUCGGCGAACAGGACAGUUUGGGCGCAGCAGCAUCAUCAUCUGGCGAACGUCAAUUGACGGCAUCAAUGGUUCCAACCGAAGGAUUGUUAGCAUCAGAGGAAACUGAAACUAAUACAACGGUGACCAAUCUGCUUGAAGAAGCUCGUGAGAAUAUUUCUGCAUCCGCUCUAUCAUAUGCAAAUGUGGCGAGCGAUCCAGCUGUUGAUGCUUUACCUUCUACAGCCAUCACUAACCUUUCAGCGACGGAAUCUUCUAGUCAAAAUAUUAAUCAAUCUUCAUUGUCUAAUGUAAAUAAUGUCGAAAAUAGCAAGACAAAUGAAUUGAUGCAAGUUGGUGACGAAACAGUGCUUCCAGCCGAUGAAAGUAAAGUCGAAUCGCCAACCAACGAAGGGAGUAAAACACCAACAGUUACUCCCCAACUAAAAGAACGCAAACUCUCGCGUUUUUCCGUUACUCCCGUAAUUUUGCCGAACGCAGCAGUCAUUAGCGAACAACAAACGGACAUACUAAGUGUGGUGGAUUCUCCUAAACCUAUUCUUCCUAAUACUGGAAUAGAAACUCAAACUGAAUGUAUGCUAAAAAUGGUGGAUCCUUCAGCAGAACCCCUUGUUCAGCAGCAAACCUCAGACAAUACACCGUUUCAGUCUGGUUCGAUGGAAUAUGCUACACAAACUACGUCAUCUCAACUCACGCAGACCAUGGAAUCUGUGGAUCCGAACAUUCAAAAUGCCCUUAGCGAUGGUUUUCAACAGCAGCAACAUCAACAUGAGAUGUACCUUCAACAACAACCACUGGACAUGGCAAACCAUCAGCAACAGGCAUAUGCACAACAGAUAGCGAAUAAUUUCGAAGCAUCGGCGAUCCUGCAACAACAGCAACAACUGCAAUAUCAGAUGCAACAGCAGCAAUAUCAACAAAUCAAUAUUCAACAGACCAUCCUCCAGCAGCAACAGUUACAGUACCCUCAGCAACAAGGAACUAAUUUGAUGGUAGGUGAAGCCAAUCUGAUAGAUUGCGAUCAGCAACAGAUUCAUCAGCUGCAGUAUCAACAACAGCAGCAAUACCACCCGCAAUUACAACAGCAAUAUGCAACAGCAUAUAGCAAUAUGCAGCAACCACAAGUGAUCCAACAGCAGCAGCAGCAGCAAAUACAACAGAAUCAGCAAAUGAGGCCAGUAGAACAGACUGGUUUGAUGUCUGCACAGCUCUCUGUUGAUCAGGGUACGCGUGACGCGAUGGCUAACAGUAACCGAAUGCCGGAAACGUUGGAGCAGCUAAAAAUAGGUUUAGAAAACAUAACGCACGUUCACGUGAAUACGAAUAAAUCAAGCGGCUCGGCAAGCCUUUCUUCGCAGGCUAGCGCUACUGCAUUGUCCGCGAUGGUUUCUCCGCAUCCGGCUCCAUAUCCUGCCGAAUCAGGACUCUCGCAGCAAUUGCAACAUCCGCAGCAAGUAAUGUUUUAUCAGUCACAGGAAUUUGGUAGUUCGGAUGCGAACGGGGCAUCUUUAAACGAAAUGAACGAAGUUGCCGUCACAGGUGGUACUGUUGGUAAAGCUCAAGAAUAUAUCGUCGAAGGGACAAGCUACGCGGCUGUCGUUGCUGGCGAAUUUAUAUCACAGCCUGCUCAACAGCAAACCGGCGCAAUGCAAGAUUUAUCUAUCGUUGGAUCUCUCGAUCAAACGCAGCAGUACGUAUCAAGACGUACAUCGGCGGAGUUAAGCAACACAUCUAUUGGUAUGGUUCCAGAUUCAUCAGAACCAAGCAGUUUGAAGGAGUCGGUCGGCAUUGACAGCAUUGGUGUUGAUCGAGAAAAGCAACUAUCCAAUCAGGGAAGUGUGGAUCGCAUCGACAGUAGCGUUACCGGCCUUCAGUUGAAAUUGACACAGCUAACAGUUGGAACGGAUUCACCUCAAGCAGUCGCUGUGGGUGCCCCGGAUUACCAAUCAAACAUGCCGCUACAAACCCAUUCAGUAGUUACGAGCCCAUGUGUUGAUUCAAACGGAGAGAUGAAGGUUCCGAACGAACCAAAGCCAUUAAUUCGGAAAGUUUCGCGCUUCCACAUUCAACCCGUGCAGGAAUUACCACGUGCUGCUGAGCCACAUUCACCAGCAGUUAAUAUACAGCUAAAGCCAUUUGUAACGGUGCCGGACGAUGUUCAGACAAACACAGCUUUCUCAUCACCAACGGAUGAAAAAUCCUGCCAAACUUUCCCAAUGCAAUAUCAACAGCUACAGCAAAUUGUCCCGACGGCUGCAAUUGUCUGUGAAGUUCCAACAACAAACGAUCUGGAAGCCAAAUUAAAUCAAGUACUUCCGAAAACUCCAAACGUAGAAUCAUCAGCGCAGAACACCGGGAACAUGGUUUUGCAAGGAACCAUGCAACAAAUCGCACCUUCUUUAAAACCAUCGCAUGUUGUAUCGUCUUCGGUUAGCGCAACUUCGACAAUUCAGAUUGUACAGCAGCAGCAGCAGUAUCCUUCACAAUCGAUUACUAUACAGCAACAGCCACAGACACAAAUGCAAAUCAACGCACAUGUUCCACUACCGGCAAAUGUCGGUUCGCAACAUCCUCAAUCUCUUGUGGCCCCCCAAACGCUACAGCCACAACUUCCACCCGAGCCAAUUUUCAACAAUCCCGAUAUUGGACAAAAUUUGACCGCCAUCCAAACGCAUCUAUGCGGGCUGCAGUUUAUGCCAAGCGCCCGGCAACAACUACAGCUACUGCUGCAACGCCAACAUAUAGAGCACGAGGAGCUAAAAUUGCGCCACUUUCUAGAGCUGGAAAAGUUUCUAAAACAGCAAAAAGAGGACAUGAAAGUUCCUUCUGGUCUUGCUGCAUCCACCGUCCCGCACCCGAAUCAAACUCAGCAAAUGAUCUCAAAUCAGUCCUCCUCACAAUCCGUUGCCACGAUGUCAUCGGCUUCAGCUCCAGAAAUGAUGACGGACGUGACCUCGCCCACUGUGGUUUCAAUGAACAGUGCCGGAUACGAGAUGAACUGCCAAGGAAAACUGCCCAUGACGACAGCAUCAUCAUACAGCGCAAGCUGUAACACGGACAGUGGAGCUGGCAGUGCAACGGACACAGAUUUGGAACUAGAGACCUAUACAGCGACUGCUUCCAAUAGUAUAGAAGCGGCAACCAUGUUACAGCAGCACCAGCAGUUCCAACAUCAACCACAAAAUCCGCAGUUUCAACAGUAGCAAACAUAACACAGGAAUUAUAUGUUCGUAAAUAUAUCUAUAUGUAAGUAUUUCUUUAUGUAUCGGCCGAACAAUGUUUUAGUUGAGCAUGCGCGUGUUACGAAAUGUAAAUCAAGGGUUUCUCAUUAAUGUUUGAUGAAUUUUUUAUAAUUCAAUUUGAAAUUAAGUUGCUCCUACAGUUAUCUAAUUUUUCGGAUGCAAGUAAGGACGAACAAAAAUCAUCUGCAGGAUCGUGUACGACUAUUACUCUUACCACAAAAAUGAACAAUAGUGCAAUCAUUCAAUUUCUAUUAUUGUCCAAAAAUUGUUGAUGAACGUUCUUCAACGCUCGGUAGUGCUUCAAAUUUAGAUAUUUGGCACCGUUAUUCGUAUGUUCUGCUCCUCAAUUUCAUCCUACUUUUUAUUUCACCAUAUAGCAAAAGAAUAAAUGAUUACAUUCGUUAUAUUUUGCACAUCCAAUAGACUUUGAUGUAUAUUGACGUAAUACACAAAACAAAAUCUUUAUGUGCUUAAAUGUGUAUUGAAAGCAUAUUCUACAUGUAUGCCAAUUCAUUUUAACGACACACCUAUAACAUUAAGGGAAUCUAGCUUGAGUGGCUAUCAUAGCAUGGGUGAUGCUACACGCUGCUUGGCUAUUUGUUAAUACGUUCUAGUUUUGUUUUUCUUCUGCCGAUGUUGAGGCGACAUUGGCUGGGAAAAGAUGUUAAUAUCGAGAAUUUUAGACAAUUAAAUGAAUAUAAAAAAACAGUUAAAAGAAGCUGCACAAGAAGCUGUGUGUGAUUGUAAAAUGGAAAUGCUGGAAUCGAAAUAUUAUUGCUAAACGUAUCACUAUAGAACGGCAAAUCGAAAGUAAAGCGAUUGUAGCGAUGCAUACGGAAGUGUGUGAAAUGAUUGAUAGUAGCUAUAUGCCAUAAGAAAUGAACUGUAGAUUGUUUCUAUUGUUGUUCCAAUAUGCGUUCGAUUGCUACUGUUAGGGGAUCAAACAUGAUAAAAUGUUAAACAAUGCUGAUGUUUGAUGGACAAGCCACACUAAAGGGCAAGGAAAAAUAGAUGGUAGUGACGCCAAUUUGAAAGGAUAAACCUGUAUUAACUUCGUCUUCGGCAUAAAACAGAUCGCUCCCAUGUUGCGCAUAGGGAAGAUGUAAACGAAUUCAAUGUAAUUAAACAAAACGCGUGGCUCUAGGCGAUAUAGGCGACAGGACGAGUGAGUGAGUAAGCAAAGCAGCAAAAAUACCAAUAUAUGGGCUUACUUAUAAUAACAAUAGAGCAUGUUAUGCGGCAGGGUACCCCAAGUGUAGAAUAUUUGGGAAGUUGAAUGAAAAAAUAAUGUAGGAUAUGAUUCAAUCGAUGCUUAGUCGAAGAUAUCUGGAUCGCAUGGUACACGUCCACAAAGCUGAAAAGAAAUGGCUUACCCACGAGAAAUGUAUAAGCAGAGUGUUUGGCAACGUUAUGAUCCACGUUUCACACAGGGUCACGCUAAAAUUUACUGUAUUAUAUUUUAUUCAACGUAAUUAAGAUAUUAAAUAUCUAUUCACAUCCCGCUAAAUGCAUAGAAA